AUGGACGGCAAUAGCCGCUGGGCUGCCGCUCGCGGCCGCCCGACCGCCGAAGGGCACGCUGCGGGCGUCGAGGCGCUGCGGCGUCUCAUCGGCGACUGCGCAGCGCUGGGCGCAGUGCGGGAGCUAUCGGUGUACGCCUUCUCGCACGAGAAUUGGCUGCGGCCGCGCAGCGAGGUGCAGGCGCUGCUGUCGCUGAUCGAGAGCGCGGACGCGCUGCUCGCCACCGGCGUCCAACUCAGCUUCGUCGGCGAUCUGACGCGGCUGUCUCCGGUGCCGCAGCAGCUCGCCGAGAGGGCGGUCGCGCGGGAGAUCUCGCCGCGCGAGAUCGACGAGGCCGCGCUCUCCGCGGCGUUGCGCGAGGCGCCGCACGGCGCGCCGCUCGACCGCCGGCUUGCCGACGACGCGUCCACGACACGCGCGCCCAGCGACCCCGACCUGCUGCUGCGCACGGGCGGGCAGCACCGGCUGAGCAACUUCAUGCUGUACCAGUGCGCCUACACCGAGAUCGUCGUCCUCGACGGCCUGUGGCCCGACUUCGGGACCGCGGAGCUCGCCGGCGCGUUGCGCGAGUUUGGCCGCCGCCGCCGCACUUUCGGGCGGCGCGACGAGGGGGGCGACCGCGGCGAUGGAUGA